AUGGCCAAAGCACGUGUUAAGAAGCGCACUCAUUUGCGCGCGCAAAACGCUUCUGCCACUUCCAGAAGUGGUGCGGCAUCGAUGAGCAAAACUCCAAAGUCUAUGGUCAUCAGAGUUGGUGCUUCGCAGGUCGGUUCCAGCGUAACUCAGCUGGUGAAAGAUGUCCGCUUGAUGAUGGAACCAGAUACCGCUGUGCGGUUAAAGGAACGGAAAUCAAAUAGACUUAGAGACUUUACUGUCAUGACCGGUCCUUUGGGCGUCACUCACCUCAUGCUUUUCUCAAAAUCCGCUACAGGCAACACCAACAUGCGAUUGGCGCUCACACCCCGUGGCCCAACCCUGCAUUUCAAAGUCGAGAGUUAUUCCUUGUGCAGAGACGUCGAGAGAGCUUUGAAGCGCCCAAGAGGCGGAGGACAGGAUCAUAAAACCCCUCCUCUGCUCGUGAUGAACAAUUUCAACUCUCCCAACGCUACAGAGGAAUCGAAGGUACCGAAACGUCUCGAGAGUCUCACAACAACCGUCUUCCAAUCACUUUUCCCGCCCAUCAACCCGCAAGCUACUCCUCUUUCCUCGAUCCGUCGUGUGAUGCUCCUCAAUCGCGAACUUACUGCUGGAUCCGAAGAAGAGGAUUCAUAUGUGUUGAAUCUGAGACAUUACGCGAUUAGCACGAAGAAGACCGGUAUCUCGAAGCGAAUCCGACGCCUCGACCCUAAGGAGGUCCGCAGUCGGGAAAAGAAGAAGUCUGCGGUCCCCAACCUUGGAAAGCUGGAAGAUGCCGCCGACUACCUGCUUGAUCCUUCCGCAGCCGGCUAUACUUCGGCCAGUGAAACCGAGCUGGAUACAGAUGCUGAAGUGGAGAUUGCAGAAAGUACCACAAGAAAGGUCCUGACCAAGAGAGAAAUGCAGCGCAUGAAGUCUGGAGAGAACGCGAAGGCUCAGAAGAGUAACGGACCAGAGGUGGAGAAACGGGCAGUCAAGCUCGUUGAACUUGGCCCACGUCUGAAACUUCGAUUGAUCAAGGUCGAAGAAGGUCUUUGCGACGGCAAAGUGAUGUGGCAUGACUAUAUCCAGAAAUCUGAUAAGGAGAUCAACGCUCUGGAAAAGAAUUGGGAUAAGAAGAAGAAGGAGAAGGAAGCGAGAAGGAAAUUGCAACGGGAGAACGUCGAGAAGAAGAAGGAGGAGAAAGCGAAGGCCCGAGCUGCAGGAAAAGGCGACGCUGAGGAAGACAACGAGGAUGAAGACAUGGGUGAUAAUGAUGACUGGCUCAGCGAUGACCUCGAAGAUGGCGAGGAGCCACAGGACGAUGACGAUGAAUCGAUGGAGGAAUGA